CGCUGUUCUUCCUGUAGUGCUGUAAGGUGACCGCUGUCACUGAGAAACUAACCAGCCCGCAGCAGGAGGCGGAGGAAAUCCAGCGAGGGAAGCGCAGCAAAGAACCGGGGAGAAAAAAAAAACACAAAACCAAACCCAACAUGUCUCUGUCAAAUAAACUCACCCUAGAUAAAGUGGACGUCAAGGGGAAGCGGGUCAUCAUGAGGGUUGAUUUCAAUGUUCCAAUGAAGGCCAAGCAGAUUACAAACAAUCAGAGGAUCAAGGCAGCUGUUCCCAGUAUUCAGCACUGCUUGGAUCAUGGGGCCAAGUCCAUUGUACUGAUGAGCCAUCUGGGCCGUCCUGAUGGAAACGUCAUGCCAGAGAAAUACUCCUUGGAACCUGUUGCUGCUGAGCUCAAGACCCUGCUGGGGAAGGACGUCACAUUCCUGAAGGACUGUGUUGGUGCAGAGGUGGAAGCUGCCUGCGCUGAUCCCGCCGCUGGAUCAGUCAUCCUCCUGGAGAACCUUCGCUUCCAUGUGGCAGAAGAGGGAAAAGGCAAGGAUGCCUCUGGAAACAAGACCAAGGCCUCUCAGGAGCAGAUCGACUCCUUCAGAGCUUCUCUGUCCAAACUGGGUGACAUUUAUGUCAACGAUGCCUUUGGCACUGCGCACAGAGCCCACAGCUCCAUGGUAGGUGUGAAUCUGCCCCAGAAAGCAGCUGGUUUCCUCAUGAAGAAGGAGCUGGAGUACUUUGCCAUGGCUCUGGAGAACCCAAAGAGGCCCUUCCUGGCCAUCCUUGGAGGGGCGAAGGUGAAAGAUAAAAUCCAACUCAUCAACAACAUGCUGGAUAAGGUCGAUGAGAUGAUCAUUGGCGGUGGUAUGGCCUUCACCUUCCUCAAAGUUCUCAACAACAUGGAGAUCGGUACGUCCCUGUACGAUGAAGAAGGAGCCGGCAUCAUCAAUGACCUUAUGGCCAAAGCUAAGAAAAAUGGGGUCAAGAUCACGUUGCCUGUUGACUUUAUCACAGCUGACAAGUUUGACGAGAAAGCCACCACUAACACUGCAACUGUUGCUGCUGGCAUUCCUGCUGACUGGAUGGGUUUGGACUGUGGGCCAGAGAGUUCUAAGCACUAUGCAGAGGCUGUGGGGAGGGCCAAACAAAUUGUUUGGAAUGGCCCUGUUGGUGUUUUUGAGUGGGACAACUUUGCACAAGGCACAAAGAAUCUGAUGGACAAAGUGGUCGAGGUGACCAAAUCAGGCUGCAUAACAAUCAUUGGUGGGGGUGACACCGCCACCUGCUGUGCUAAGUGGAACACUGAAGACAAGGUCAGCCAUGUCAGCACUGGCGGUGGAGCCAGCCUGGAGCUUCUGGAGGGUAAAGUUCUGCCCGGCGUGGAUGCUCUGAGCAACAUAUAAAUCUCCCAUCAUCUCCCUGGAGUGCGUGCUUGUGCUUGUGAAUGACAGUUUGUCUUUUGCCAGACUUUUGUUUACUCCACAAUUGUCUGCAGAAGCGCACGUUCCUUUCUAGCAGCUCUUUACUGUUCGUGUUAAAUUUUGAUCUGCUGCAGAUCAAAUAAUGCAAACUCUAACCCACAGACAUUGAAAUUACCUGAAAUGGCUUGCUAAAUUUGAGAUCUAGAGUAAAAUUACUAUUAAACAGCUGGAUGUGGAGGUUGUAGUUUUGCACAUGUACCUGCCAGGAAGCUCUGAUGGCAUACUUUACCGUUAAGCUGCUGAAUUAACUGCUGUAACUCUGCAAUGUGCUUUUUCCACUGUACUACUGUCACAAAUCCUGGUUCUAACGGUGUCUUUUCUCCGCAACCCCUCAGGCACGUUAUGCUUUCUGCUCUUGGUGUGAACAUGGCUGUAACCUGGAUGUGUUGCUGCACCACCUUUGUCAGUGUACAUUCGUACUGUAGGGGCUAAUGUCUCAGUGCAGCAUCUGUGCUGAAACAUGCUUUGGGUUUUCUUUUGGUCACAUCUAUUUCUCCGGUCAUAGUGUCCUCUGAGCUGCUCUGAUUGAUGUCCUUCUGUUCAGAUUAAUAAAGGGUCUCUGUGUAAAAUAU